GUUUUGUUUUUCCGGAAGUGGCUGUCAGGGAGAAUGGAGUUAGACGGCUGCAGGAUCGCAUUUGAGAAGGAUGGUGUCUACCUGCACACCAGCGCAAAGCGUCACCCUGACCAAGAUUCCCUCAUACCAGGUGUUAUCCGCAUAAUUGAGAAGGGCUCAGACACUUUGCUACAAUGGACACCUGUAGAGGAGUCUUCAGAUGCUGCUCAAAUCACGUACACCAAGAAGGACACCGUGGGCUGCCACAGUGAAGAAGAAAUCUAUGAUCCAGGAUAUGAACCAGACUGGGCUGUCAUCAGCACAGUGGGGACCCGGUCCCGGGUGCAGGAGGAAACAGCUGCUUCGGGGGCAAAAUCUCCAAUCCCACGUGGGCAGUGGGCAUUCUCCCUCAGCUUGUCAGAGCUGAAAUCCAUCCGCAAGAGUAAGCCUGGUCUGGGCUGGUCGUACCUCAUCUUCAUCACCAAGGAUGGCAUCUCCAUUCAAGCGCUGCACUUCCAUCGCGGGGGCACCAAGGCCCUUCUCAAAGCUCUUUGCAAAUAUGUGAUCUUAGCCACCUCCCCCAAAGAUUCACGUCUCUACCUGGUUUACACCCAUGACUCGUUUGCCCUCACCCACUCCUUUGACGAGCUUCAGCUCUUUGACGACAGCUCCUCCAACCUAGUGUCGCGAUUCCUGCAGGAUCCUUAUGCAGCCACCUUUGGUGGCUUCUCCAAGGUCACCAAUUUCUUCCGAGGAGCUUUGCACCAGGAGGAUGGGGUCGCCCAGCAUCCUCACGGCGACCCAGCUGCUGCCAAUGUCGAAGAUGAGACUGGAUUUGAAGUGAUAACCUGCCAGGCACGACUAGGAGAACGUCCAGCAGUCCAGCGGGAGGCCCCUGUUACUGAGCAGGAAUGGGAGGAGCACCUGGAUCCUGAGGGGCGUGUGAAGGACCCCGUUGGCUUGCGCAGAAGAAUCUUUGCUGGGGGUCUCAGCAUGUCCUUGCGCAAGGAAGUCUGGAAGUACCUUUUGAGCUAUUACUCCUGGGACAAUACCAGUGAGGAGAACAAGGCACAAGUGAAGCGGAAAACGGAUGAGUACUUUCGGAUGAAGCUACAGUGGAAGUCAGUCAGUGAGGAGCAGGAACAAAGGAACUCCUUGCUGCGAGGCUACCGCAGUCUGAUUGAAAGAGAUGUGAGCCGCACAGACAGGAACAACAAAUUCUACGAGGGCAGUGAGAACCCUGGCCUUGUGCUCCUGAAUGAUGUACUCAUGACCUACUGCAUGUACAACUUUGACCUUGGUUACGUCCAAGGUAUGAGUGACCUCUUGUCCCCGAUUCUCUACAUUACCCAGAAUGAAGUGGAUGCUUUCUGGUGCUUCUGUGGUUUCAUGGAGCUGGUGCAUCGCAAUUUUGAAGAAAGCCAGGAGUCCAUGAAGAGGCAGUUAUCCCAGCUUAACUUGCUGCUCAGAGUGCUUGAUCCCCCCCUCUGCGACUUCCUUGAUUCAAAGGAGUCCGGCACAUUAUGCUUCUGUUUCCGAUGGAUCUUGAUCUGGUUCAAGAGGGAGUUUGCCUUCUCUGAAGUUCUUCAGCUGUGGGAGGUGCUGUGGACAGAGCUGCCUUGCCCCAACUUCCACCUGCUGGUGGCCUGUGGCAUUUUGGAUGCAGAGAGGCAGGCUCUUAUGAACUCUGGCUUUGGCUUCAGUGAGAUCCUCAAGCAUAUAAAUGAGCUCACCAUGAAGAUGAGUGUGGAAGACAUCUUGUGCCGAGCCGAGGCAAUCUACAGACAGCUGGCAGCUACUCCAGAUUUACCCCGUAAUGUCCAGGAAUUGUUGGGACUGGCCGAGGGCAAAUCUGCAACCCCCAGCACUGACACGGCUAGCUCUCCUCAGCCGCUGUCGCCCAGCCAAACCCAGGAGAUGGAGCUGACGGACAGUGUCUCCCCAAGCCAGCCAGACAGCAGCAUCGAAAUCCUGCCGACUGAGGAGACCUCCACCUCUCAGAGCCUCACUCCCUGAGGGCCUGCUAUGUCUGCGAUCAUCUCAACACAAGCACUUUAACCAAGGCAGGGUGAGGGGGUGAGGACACGGCAGAGGGCACGGGAGGCUCUGGGGUGUUGUCUUCUUCCUGGAGCAUCAACUCUCUCACAAGGCACAUAGAGCUUGGGAGCAGCUGCGUUUCCUUGCUGGGUUGCUGACAAAGACACCAUUGCCGGUUGCGCGUUGGUAUCUUUCUCAUCAUGCACCAACACACGAUUGUCUCUGUCUGACACUUCAGGACUUGGAGUAGAGUUCACCGUUUCUGCUUGGGAUAUGCAGAAGAUGGAAAGGAGUGAAUUAAUGGCUACCAUGUUCAUUUUUCUUUAUUUUGGGUUUUGAACCCACCUAGAUUCUCCCAUCUGUCCUGGCUGCCUGGGGUUUGUGCUCUCUCCCUCCCUUUGGUGAUGUCCCUGUUUCUCUUCUGUGCCUCUGUCUGUACAACCUUCAGGCUUAUCUACUGAGCUUCAAUCUUCAUAGCAGCUUCUUUCAGGUUGACUCACACAAGUCAGGGAACCCAGACUUUUCUGAUAGAGAGAUGAGGGUUGGCAGACGAGAGCAGUUUGCCAAGAGGACAUUGGUUGGUGGGGCAGGGGAACUUUGUCCUGGAAAGAAAGGGGGAGUCAGGGGUUACCAGUCAAGGCCAGAUUGCAGAGUUGCUAAUCUCCUUGUUAUUUGGCCAGGGAAUUCCUGAUUCCUGGUUGCUUGUUAAUUCCUCCCUUGACUGGUGGAUCUUGUCUCAUUCCUUUCUUGGGGGGGGAGGGGGUUUGGUUUUUUUUUGUUUUUUGGUGGGUGUUUCCGAACCGACAGCAAUAGUUAUAAGGAGAAAGGAAGUCUGCUUCCUUCCGUGCCUCUCCAGCCCAGCAGGCCAGUGAAUUUGUUGUUGCCUUGUGUUGUAUUCUUGCCCCACUUCUUGUCAUGGAACUGCGUUGUUCUCAGCCGCUAACCUGGCUUUUUCAUUUAUAACAUACAUUAAAAUGUAGUGUCAUCUGUU